AUGAGCGGCUUCUUGGCGGUGGUCGGCAAGAUCGGCACUUUCCUGCUGUGGGUGCUGUUCCUGGUCUUGCAGACCGCCACCAGGAUCGUCGGCAGCCUCCUUGCCAGCCCAGCUGAGCAGCAGGAGGACCACCAUCAGGAGUUCGCGGCGGGACGGCACAGGUCGCCGCCAGCCUCCCCACAUCGCGAACUUUACGAGCCGGCGUCUGCGCCGCCGGCGCAGCUAUUGGACCCGCCGCCGCUUCCGUACCUUGCUUUUGCUCCCGCUGCGGAUGGGAACUCGUCCUCUAGCUUCCGGCGGCGAGCCAGUGCGCCGCUGGCCCGAGCGGAUGAAGACGCUGUGGUGUCAUCGAGCGCUUACUCGCGUCCCACGGUGGCGGUGGCUCAUACAAAUUCUGUGUCAGCGACACCACUGAGGACAAUCGAGACGCGGGCGAUGCCAUCGAGGCUGGCGACAGCCGGGGGUAAGCGGCCGAGGCUCGAGAGGAAGUACUCCAAGAUUGUUGACCAGUACCGAUCCUUGGAUGAGGUUAUUGAAGCAUUAGCACAAGCCGGUCUUGAGUCUUCUAAUUUAAUCAUAGGAAUUGAUUUCACAAAGAGUAAUGAAUGGACAGGAAAGAAAUCCUUCAAUGGCAUGAGCCUACACAAUAUCAGUGACAACCCAAAUCCUUAUGAACAGGCAAUAUCCAUCAUUGGGAAAACCUUAUCUGCUUUUGACGAGGAUAAUUUAAUUCCUUGCUUUGGUUUUGGAGAUGCGUCUACUCAUGACCAAGAUGUAUUUGCCUUCUAUCCUGACGAAAGACCAUGCAAUGGUUUUCAAGAAGCUUUAGCUCGAUACAGAGAGAUUGUACCUCACCUUCGCCUUUCUGGUCCUACAUCAUUCGCCCCAAUAAUUGAAAUGGCCACAACCAUUGUGGAGCAAAGUGGUGGCCAAUACCAUGUUUUAGUAAUUAUUGCUGAUGGGCAGGUCACAAGAAGUGUAGAUACUGAAUUUGGUCAGUUAAGCACCCAGGAGCAAAUGACAGUUGAUGCUAUUGUACAAGCAAGGUAA